GGCGCGCGCGCCGCGCCAGUGUGAACCGAGUCGCCGCUGAGGCGCCAAGUACCGCCGCGAGUGAAGUGUGUGAAAGCGAUCGAGGAGAGCGGUGACACCUCACAGAACUGAGCUCCGAGAUAUCCCCUUGUGCGAUGGGCGUAGCGCUUGCGUGAGGACACGAUGGCGCUGCGCGGCGCGCGCGCGCAGGACCCGCAGCGCUCCCGCGGCGACACGCAGCGCUCGCGCGGGGACACGCAGCGCGCGCUCGACGAGUUCGACGAGCUGGCGGGGCUGCGCGGCGCGCCUCCCGAGGGCGGAGAUGGCGAGCGCACGGUGUACGUGCUGGAGCACCUGGCCACGUUCACGGUGACGCGCGAGACGGGCAUCGUGUACCCGGCCGACGGCAUGCGCCGCCUGCUGCAGCUCGAGAAGACCAACGGAAUAUGGAGCCAAAAAAUGCAACUGAGCCUGGAGGGGCAAUGGGUACUCGUCAUGGAUUACGAGACCGGGUCAAUAAUGGAGCGGUUCCCGGCGUCGUGGGUGCACUCGCCGACCGCCUUCACGUCGCCGGAGCCGGCGGAGCUGUACAACAACGUGCUGGCGUUCGUGGUGGGCGCGCCCGCGGGCCCCGGGCCCGGGCCCGGCGCCGGGGGCCCGCCGGCCGGGCCCGACGCGCCCCUGCCGCGCCGCGAGCUGCACAUCUUCCAGUGCCACGACGUGGCUGCGCAGACGCUCGUCGAGGAACUCAAUGCACUGAAGGGCGUCGGCAGCGGAGGGUCGGGGGAGGGCGCGCGCGACUUCAUCAUCGAGCGGGAGCGCGAGCGCGAGCGGGAGACGGAGAUGGAGCGCCCGCGACGGCAGCAAAUGUCGGCGCAGCUGGGCCGCGAGCGCACGGAGCGCGGCGGCUCGGGCGGCGAGCGCGACGACGCCUCGUCCACGGGCUCCGAGCGCCUCUACGAGCAGGACAUCGCCAUCCUCAACCGCUGCUUCGACGACAUCGAGAAGUUCAUCGCGCGGCUGCAGCACGCCGCCGCCGCGUCGCGCGAGCUGGAGCGGCGGCGGCGCUCGCGCGGGCGGCGGCAGGCGGGCGCGGGCGAGGGCAUGCUGGCGCUGCGAACGCGCCCGCCGCCGGAGCGGGACUUCGUCGACGUGCUGCAGAAGUUUAAGCUGUCCUUCAACUUGCUGGCGCGGCUGCGAGCGCACAUCCACGACCCGAACGCGCCCGAGCUGGUGCACUUCCUGUUCACGCCGUUGGCGCUGAUCGUGGACGCGGCGCAGGACGUGGCGGACGGCCGCCUGCCCUCGCGCGUGGUGCAGCCGCUGCUCACGCGGGACGCGCUCAACCUGCUGGCCAACUGCGUCACCAGCAAAGAAACGGAGCUGUGGCAUUCGCUGGGCGACGCCUGGCUCAUACCCAGGGAACAAUGGAAGACAGCGAUUCCCCCGUACCACCCCGUGUUCAUGGACGGGUGGUCGCCGGACUACCAGGUCGAUGACCAGCCUCUGCGCAGCGGGCGCACGCUCACGCGCGAGGACUCGGGCUCCGCCGCGUCCUCCCCGGAGCGAGAGCCGCCCUACCGCCCCGAGCGCGACGACGACGAGCUGGGCGAGUCGUGGGCGCGCGGCGUGGCGGCGCGCGGCGGGCGCGUGGUGCGCGUGACGUACCCGCGCACGGCCAACAACGACAAGGAGCUCACCGUCGUGCGCGGCGAGUACCUCGAGGUGCUGGACGACUCGCGCAAGUGGUGGAAGGCGCGCAACCGGCGCGGCGCCACGGCGCACGUGCCGCACACCAUCGUGGCGCCCGCCUUCUCCCCGCCCGCCUCGCCGCACCUCUACCCCAACCCCAUCUACACGCACUACCAGGAGGGCGGCGGGCGCGGCUCCGGCGGCAGCAGUCCCACGGGCGCGCCGGUGCACUUAGCCUGGUGUAACACGCCACUUGCAGAGAAGCCUGCAGCAGCCCCGCCGCCGCCGCCGCCCCCGCCACCGCCGCCGCCGGCACCGGCGCCGGCGCCGGUCCCCGCUCCAGUGCCAGUCAAGACUGACACCAUGAAGUCGACAAAAUCCAUGAUGAGCACGAGCAGCGAGCUGAACGAGGAGCUGAAGAUGGUGCUGCCGGCCAUCCAGAACCGCAAGAAUAAGCUCGACUUCAAGAAGACGCCCGAUAUAUUUAUUGACCAGAAAUCCAACCCCGACGAGGUGGUGAACUGGCUGGAAGCGAAGGGCUUCUCGGAGCGCGCGCAGAAGCAGCUGCGCGUGCCGGGCCACCAGCUGUUCGCGCUCGGGCGCGCGCAGCUCGAACGCGCGCUUGGGGCGGACGAGGGCAAGCGGCUGUACUCGCAGGUGCUGGUGCAGCGGAACGUCUCCGGGGUGAGUGGACACGCCUCCCCCCACAUUCGCCACUACGUACAAAACUACGUCAGCCUCCGAGCUGCAGAGCAUACUGCGGAAGGUGCGGGAGAAGGUGGAGGUGUCGUGAGCGGCCGCGUCGACGAGCGCGCGACCCGAUGCACCGACGACCACGACGAGAACGCGUCCGUGUGCUGACGGCACACUAAUCUUGAAUAUUUAUUCUUAUUGUUCUCAGUUUCAAUACUUCAACUCGUGGAACAAUUGAUUUCAAUGGUGUCUCGAUUCGCUGUACUUGAAUGACAAAAAUGAGUUA